AAAAAAAAAAAAAGAAAAAACAACAACAACUGUUUAUUGUAAUUUUUUUAGUUUCGAAUUAUUUUUCACGAUAAAUAAAUAAACGUUCAUAAAUAAAGCAAUGUGAUUUAUAAUUAAGAAAUAAACUGUAAUGAUGUAAUUACAUUAUAUUCUGUGUGUAACUUUUAUUAUACAAUUUUAACUGAUAACUGUCUCGCCACUGCUGUUCUUAUGCAUCCUAUAUUAAAUAAUAUAAUUUUUCCUUUGUGAAAUAAUUAAAUAACAUACUAAAAAUUAUAUCGUUAGUUAGUGUAUAAAUUGUUUCCUUUUAAUAUUUUUUUUAGUUAAUUUUUAUAUUUAUGUGCUUACAAUGAAUACAAGAAAAUAUCAAUUAGAUAACUAUACCAAGUUCCUGCUGACCAGAAAUACUGCAACAUCAGCUUUAACAAAUCAUAUAGAGAUCUGUCUAUCGAACGAAGAAGAUAUCUCCAAACAUUAUUUUCAUAAAUUUAUGGUGCACAAUUGGUCUGCCAGUGCUAGAAUGCUCUUUGAUACAAUGAGUGAAUAUUAUUCAACAACUUUGAUACCAGUAAAUUAUACAUCCCAAGGUGACAUCGCCAGUUUUUACUCGAGUAGCCUCACCUUUGUGUUAAAGAUCAUAAAAUUUAAUUUUAUGUUCCCAUUCCAAAGGAAUAUGUAUAAUGUUGACAUACUUUUGAAUGACAAAACUUCAGUACAAUGCUUUGAGAACAGAGUAUCAGUGGAGGACAUAGUCAGUAGUGUUGUGAGCAAUCGUUUCAAUGAAAAGCUUGAAUUGGAUUUAUCAAAUAUCUGUUCUGAUCCAGAAUUUGUUGAGAGGAAAAUAUGUUUUUACAAAAUUGGUCUGCUAAAUAAUUUUAAAAUACUCAUGAUUAGAAUGGGCCGAGAUGCAAAAAUUUUAAACCUAAGCUAUAAUAAUUUAAGUGAACUCCCGAAUGAUAUAAUGAAUUUUUUCACAAAAGGAAACUUAGUUGCCAUUAAUUUAAGUUACAAUAAUAUCAUGUCUCUUGCCGACAUACAUAGACCCAGUAGUAAAAUAGAAAAAAUAUGGCUAGAAGGUAACCCAGUAUGUGAGGACAUCGAUCCAGAAGUCUAUGUCAAACAGCUCAUUGUCAAGUUUCCGAGAGUUACUGAAAUUGAUGGAAUAAAGUUGUAUUCACACGGAUUCAUGUAUCCAUUCUCCAGGAAUUAUAUGAUGACAAAUGAAAAGUACUCCAAAAUGGUUGUGGAGAAGUUUUUAACGCUUUAUUACUCGCAUUACGACACGUGUCCACGGAAAAUAGACUCAUUUUACGAUAAAGGUGCAGUAUUGACCAUAUCAACAUCAUUUAAUGAAUCGGAGCAACAGAAAUUAAAUGCUUGUUACAAACACUACACUCGAAACGUGUUGGACCCUGAGAAAAGAAAAUUGGUAUUGGCGUACAAAAAAUAUUACACCAAAGAGAAUGCUAUAUAUAACGCUCUAAACAGUUUUCCAGCUUCCACUCAUGAUCCGGCCACGUUUUGCGUAGAUGUUCCUAUACACAAUAAAGACAUGCUGAUGAUAGUUAUAGACGGAAUUUACAGAGAAAAAGACGAAAAAAAUUUUACCUCUGAAAAUACAUAUUUAUAUUUUCAAUUUAGAAGAACUUUUAUGUUUAAAAUACUAACAAACCUCAACAAACAGGAAUACUUAAUUACUCAUGAUAUGUUCAGUAUAAGCAGCGCAACUAAGGAACAGAUUGAAAACAGUUUUAAGAUACCAAUAAGAAACAUGAAUAUUUUGGCGCUAACAAAUCCAGAUCCUGAAGAGAUAGAAACAGUCUCCAAAGCUUUUUCGCAUUUGACACAACUUAAAAAGGAAGAGGCUAAGCUGCGAUUGAAAGCCAACGACUGGGAUUUCAAGAAAACGUUACAAAUAUUUAUGGCAGAAUUGAGAGCUGACAAAAUUUCCGAGGAUAGAUUCAUAAUGGAUGGUGAUGAUUUUUCAGAUAUAUCUACUUUAAGUGAUGUUGACUAAAUAAAGUAUUAUAGUAAUUAAA